AUGUCGUUUGGGAAGGCCAGCAAAGCAUUUGGGAUACCCAAGACUACUAUACUUGACCACAAAAAUGGCAAAUAUAAAAUGGGUUCGGUUCCAGGGAGAAAACCUGUGAUUCCAAAGAAUCUCGAAGAUUCCAUGGUAGCCAAAGCUAUAGAGGCAUCAAACAAAGGAUUUGGGGUUUCCAAAAAACAGCUUCUGUUGAAAACUGCAAGGCUAUGCAGAACAUCUAAAUUACCAACACCCUUUAAAAAUGGUGUGCCCGCAGAUACCUGGUGGCAAGGAUUAAAAUCCAGACACCCAGAACUCUCCCUCCGGAAGCCCGAGGCGCUGUCCUCUGCCAGGACCAAAAUGAUGAACCCUACAGUGAUACACAAUUUCUUUAAGGAUUUGGCCAAAAUUGUGUCCGAGUUAGGAAUUGCAGCAAAACCAGAACGUGUCUGGAAUUGCGACGAAACGGGCAAAAAAUUCCAGCACCGCCCAAUAAAUGUAGUGGCAAGGAAAGGGGCACGAGUUGUUUCAUCAAGAACGUCUGACUCCAGAGAAAAUGUAACAAUACUAGCAUGUGUUAAUGCCGCGGGAACAACUAUUUGA